AUGCAUCAUCAAAUAGUCGCACUAGAUGCAUGGCAUGUGCCUAUCCCGCUGGAUCUUUUGCAAUUGCCGGCCCCGCACUCAUACGACUUGAAACUCUGCGAAACUAAAUCAACCUCGACUCAAGAGAUCCAGGAUCGCGUCAAAGAUGCCACCAUCAUUGCCGUCACAAUCACCCCGCUUGACGCUUCAACUCUGUCAGCAGCUGUGACGCCAAACCUCCGAUUGGUGGUGGUCAUUGCAUCCGGCACCGAUGGCAUUGAUAAACAACAAUGCAAAGCAAGAGGCAUCAGGGUGCUGAAUUCACCCAGCGCGAAUACUGAGAGCGUUGCAAACCAUGCCAUGGCAAUGUAUUUCGCAUGCCGACGCCGUUUAUUGACGAUGCACCACACCAUGUUUAGAACAGACGAAUGGAAGAAACAAGGAACGGUUACACGAAAGAUGCUUUCUAGAGAUCAGGGAUUACCUUUAUCCUGUCAAGAAGAGGUUGUGGGAAUUAUUGGACAUGGUGCAAUAGGUCAACGUAUUGCUCAGCAAUGCCGCGGCCUUGGAAUGACUGUCUUGAUUGCUUCUCGGAAAGCCGCAGCAUUGAACGCUACCGAGCCGACGCCGAUCGGGACAGAAGCUUCCAAUGGUAGAACCCCGUUCACAGAGGUUCUGCGACGAUCAUCCGUGAUUGUACUAUGCUUGCCCCGCAAUCCAGAGACCAUCAAUAUGAUAUCUGAUGAUGAGUUCCGGAUAAUGUCUCGAAAGACUGUCGUGGUAAACGUCACGCGUGGGGGCAUUGUAGAUGAGCAUGCCCUACUCAGAGCUCUAAGAGGCGGGCUGAUAGACGGGUGUGCUACGGAUGUAUUUCUUAAAGAGCCUUCUGGAGCAGGUGACCACUGGCAGGACGGCGAUAGCCCGAUUCUUAAUCUGAGUGAGGCCGAAGCGGACGAGGUGAAUUUAUUGGUCACGCCUCAUGUGGCGUGGUGCGCAAUCACAACUAUAGACAACUAUUUGCAGACUUUUAAGCAGAACGUCGAGAAUUGGUGUGCCGGAAAGAUGACCAACGUUGUGGUCUAG